UUCUUAAUAUAAAUUCUUUCUGUUAAAUUAUUUUUGGCAUUUCCUUUUUGUUCUUCUGAUACAUUAAAUAUCUCCUUGGCAAUCGCUCAGUCCAUUGAACUUCCUCUAUCAAUUUUCGAAUCCAUGCGUUUUAUUUUUUUCUCUUUGAUUCGUUACUUUUUCUGAAAAUUUUGGUGUUCUUUUCCUUCAAUCUAAUCGGUGAUUUCAACUUUGAUCGGAGGAGCCUGUACUGUAGAAUUGCAGAAGAUGGUUGGAUGCAAAAUUCGGUUGAGGAUGAAGGAAAAUUCGCUGGAGUGGGUGAGCGGUUUACUGGAGAGCAAAUUCUUCGAUUCUUGUGUGGAUCAUGAAGAGUUGAGGAAGAACGAGAAGAAUUUGUUUUGUAUGGAUUGCAAUCUGUGUUUCUGUAAGCAUUGCAUCAAUUCUUCGUCUCACAACUGCGUUCACCGCCUCCUUCAGAUCUGUAAAUACGUAUACCAUGAUGUCGUUCGUCUCCACGAUAUUCAAAAGCAUCUCGAUUGCUCCUUCAUUCAGCCUAAGUGGAUCAAUGAAUGUUUGCAGACCUACAAAAUAAAUGGGGAAAAGGCUGUCCAUUUGAAUCCAAGGCCUCAGCUAAAAGAAGUUAAAAAUUCAAAGGCAAGGUGUGUUGGCACUUGCUGUGAAGCUUGUGGAAGACACAUUCAAGAUUUGCCGAAUCGCUUUUGUUCCAUCGCCUGCAAGGUUUCAUCAGAUACGAUCCCGGAAUCAUCUAUGUUCAUUAAAUCUGAAGAAAACUCCUGCGAAAACAGGUACGGUUCCUCGUCCCUCUCCCUAUCGGAAUCUGCCUCAUCUGAAGUAAUUCAGGCAUGGGUGAAUUCUGCAUUAAGGCCUAAGAAGAUAUUGCACAAGAGAAAGAGUUUACCUAAAAGAUCACCCAUGUCUUAAAAAGAACAAAUGAUUUCAUUUAUUUAUUAAUCUCAUUGUCUAUUGAUAUAUAUCACACAUAUUUACAUUUUGUUAUAAAGAAGCUUUGGAUUAAUGAAAGUAGGUAUAUAUAUAGAUAUAUUUAGUUAUAUAUAUGAUCAUCACAAUAAGGGCCAUCCAUAGUAUAUAUAUCAUAUAUAUAUAUAUAUAUAUAUAUAUGCUACUCAUGAGUCCCUCAUCCAUGUAAUUAUUCUUCAAGAUUGUGUUCUAUAUUUUGAAUCUACUUUUGUUCUAUAAUAUAUAUAAUAUUAUACAAAUCAUAAAUCAUGAGUUAUGAUUCCAUCCAUGCAUUAUUAUGUGCGUCCUAAAGGUAGCAUUGCCCUGUAGUAUGAACGUGACCCUCUUGGGCCAUUCUCAUACAUUAGGAAUAGGAAUAUAUGUAUAUAUAUAUAUAUAUAGUUUAUUAUUAUUAUUUAAAAAAAAAAAAAAAGAGAAGUGGCUCCCAUAUCUUUUUUCUUUUAUGGCUGGGCUGAUACACAAGUGUUGGAUGAAUAAACUAGUAAGUGGGGGGAUAUCCACUCCAUUUGCAGUUUUCUUAGUGAUUGGUUAGAAUGUCAGAGAUAAAGAUCUUUGUCGGUGGUUGAUUUGUGGCAUCCGGUUUUGUCCAUUUCCACCUUAAUGGAAUUGUCUAAUCACCCAUUUCAUAUAUAUAUAUAUACAUAUAUCUAUAAACCACACACAUACACUCAUGUGUGUGUGUAUAUAUAUAUAUAUAUAUUGUGAAUGCAUGUGUUACUGGGUAAAGGGUGUUUGAAUUUAUGGUUUCACAUCACAUGGGGAUUGAUUGGUAUGAAUACAAAGCCUUUGUUUAUACGCAAUGGUGAAAUAGAAUGGUCAGAGUUGAGCAAAUUAUGGAGGAGAAUGCAAAUCUUUUUUAAAGAUUUUUUGUUUUUCUCUACUCUGUCGACUCAUUCUUUUUGCCUUUUAAGAAAGGUUUGCUUUUUAUUAUUAUUAUUAUUAUUGUCUAAGAUCCUUAUACACAUACAUAUAUAUGUGUUUGUUUGUGUAUUUCACCCGUCAUGGUAUGAAUUUGUGGACAAAAUAUGAGUGAAUUUGGGUUGAAAGUAACAUUUAGAUGAUUAUAAUUUAUAAUGGAUAUUAGGCGGCGGAUGAUAAUGGUCCAAUAGUUUUCACUAUUCGUUAGUUUAUUAUGUGAACAAUGUUCAUCCACCAACGAAGUAUAUAUACAAAUAUUUUUAGAAAUAAGAAUAAACUAUAAAUAAUAAUUUACUCAUAUUUAUUAAGUACACUGCAAGUUAUAGUAUCUCUCUUAUGAUCCUGUGUAAUAUAUUAUAUUGAUUCAAAUUCGAAAUUUCAAUCAAACAGAAUUACUGGUGCUGUAAGAUCCCUAAUUCAAGCAUUGCUGAUGCAUAUAUAUUUGUUGGGCCUAUCAAGGCGGGUUCCAA